AUGACUAACGUCUCAGGAUGCUAUGGCGGCGGUUGGACAAUGGUGAUGAAGAUUGAUGGAAGCUUGGUAAGCGUGCGUGUAGAUUUAAUGAUUACUUCUGCUUUGUAUCUCACUGCUCUGAAGAUGUCUUAAGUAAAAGACGAAACGUUUGCUUUUUAGUAAAUGUUUUAAACUAUAUUUUUGCUAUGGCUCCUUUAUGUAUUCUUUGCUGGGCAUUAAUAUUUAUCUUAAGUUUAAUGAUUAUGUAUCUGCGAAUCAGAAUGCAAAUAUACUUUGUACAGCGAUGCAAGUUUCCUGUAAACAAAUUCCAUGUUUUCGUCCGCGUUUGUUUGUUUGUGUGUGUGUUUAAAGUUUGUCUUGCUUUGCCCGGGAAAAUAAACCGAAUGUGCAAUUAGCCUAUUGUAUAAUUAAUGCACGAUAUAAUUUAUACAUAUUAAUAAAUCCGAUUGCGGAAAUAUGCAGGCUCAGAAUGUCCUCUAGUUUCUUAACAUAUUUGUUUUUAUAGAGUACUUUCAAAUACAAUUCCUCCCAUUGGACGAACAAAACAACUUACAAUGACACUGACUAUGGGCGAAACGGCGGUUUAGACAACGGACAAUAUAAAGGAUCGACUUACUCGACAACCUCAUUUGAAGAAAUUUGUGUCGGUAUGAAAUAUGAUGGUAAUUUCAGAGCAUUCUCUUUCCGGUAUCCGGCAUCAUCAUUGUAUGAUUUGAUCGCAGACGGAAACUAUCGACAAACUGAUGUUAGUCGGAAGCAGUGGAAAGGUUUAAUCAAUGGAUCAUCCUUACAGGAGAAUUGCAAUAGACAAGGAUUCAACGUGCGAGGUGAUACCACGAACCCUGUACAUUAUAAAGUGACUGUAAAAGUUCGGUUGGGCAUUGUUGCAAACGAACAAAAUGAAUGUGAUACACCAGACUCUUUCUUAGGCCUGGGAGCUGGAGGUGAUCUGAAUCAUCUCAAGAUCGCGUGCGGGUCUGAUUCACAUACAUCUGCCAACGCCGCGGGUAAUAUUGCCCAGUGUAGUGCAGACAACGGAAACAAGAAUGCCAGAGCCAUGGCAUACAUUUUGGUUCGUUAA